AUGCGAGUGUUCAACUUCCUGGCCUUGUUGCCUGUUGUCCUUGCGAACCCUUUGACCCAAAAGCGCACGACAGCAUGCAACAACUCUCCUGAUCUCUGCUCCAAGUCCUAUGGAGAAAUUACACAUCUGGGCGCCCACGAUAGUCCUUUUGUGCGUGAUGGCGAUACCGGCAACUCGAUAGCUGCCAACCAGUACUACGACACUCCAACACAACUAUCAGCCGGCGUCCGAUUAGUAACAGCCCAAGUCCACAAGAGCAACUCACAAUGGCGCCUAUGUCAUUCCAGCUGCGACCUGCUCGACGCGGGGUUGCUGAGCGAUUGGCUGAAGGAUAUCAAGACAUGGCUGGAUGAUAAUCCAAACGAGGUCGUCACGAUCCUCCUAGUCAACUCCGACGAUGCCACAGCCUCUGAUCUCAACACCGAAUUCACAACAGCCAACAUCACGGACUAUGCUUACAAGCCCACGUCCCCAGGCACCGCCCCAACAACCUGGCCAACCCUCCAAACCAUGAUCGACGACGGCAAGCGCCUAGUCGUCUUUGUGGCCUCCCUAGAGACUAGCGCCAGCUACCCCUACCUACUGGACGAAUGGAGCUAUAUCUGGGAGAAUCCGUACGACGUAACCUCCGCGUCGAAUUUCACAUGCGAGCCGGACCGACCGUCGACAUACAAAGGCAACAGCGCAUCCGCACUAGCAGCCAACCUCCUCCCACUGAUGAACCACUUCCUAUACUCGAGUAACCUGGCGAUCAUAGAUGUCCAGUACCCGAACUCCAGCUACGUUGGCACAACGAACGCCGCUUCCGGUGGAACGGGUAACCUGGGCACUGCGGCGACAGACUGCAAGAAGGCGUGGAAUGGGCGACAGCCGACCUAUAUCAUGGUGGACUUCUUCAAUCGCGGUCCGGCGAUUGAUACCGUCGAUAACUUAAAUAAUAUUACCAAUCCGGUUGGCCGCAAGUCUGUCUCGACUUCGGAUGCGACUAGUGAUGCCUCGUCGACGAGUAAUGUGUUCAAGGCGCUGGUUGAGCUGGCGGAAUCGGCUCGGUCGGGCACAUCGGUGUCUAUGGGGAAUUGGAUUUGGACUGGUGGGAACUGGGGUAAUCUACUCGGUGGGGGAAUUUCCUUCUGA